AUGCCGCCUCCGCCGCACCAAAAGCCCGAAAAUGUGCUCAAGCGCGCUCAUGAGCUCAUCGGCGUCAACCAAGCCUUCGCCGCUUUGAAUCUUCUUCAUGAACACAUCACCAGCAAACGGUCUCGAAAUGUCCCCAUCGUGUCACUGGAGCCCGUGAUGCUUCUGCUGGUCGAGUUGUCUGUGGAACAGAAGAAGGGAAAACUGGCCAAGGAUGCACUUUACCAAUACAAGAACAUUUCGCAGAAUACCAACAUUGGAACUAUCGAGCUAGUCCUAAAGAAGUUCAUUGAGCUGGCUGUCGAGAAAGUUACCGCAGCUCAGCAGAAAGCCGAUGAAGUUCAGUCUAGCCUCGAAGCCACAGCCACCUCGAAUAUUGAUGAUUUGGAAGCUACCGAGACCCCGGAAUCCAUACUGCUUGCCACGGUAUCCGGCGAACAGUCCCGUGAUCGCACCGACCGCGCCAUAGUAACUCCCUGGCUCAAAUUUCUUUGGGAGGCAUACCGAACCGUCUUGGAUAUUCUCCGUAACAAUGCUCGCCUCGAGAUCCUCUACCAGAGCACAGCUACCCAAGCCUUUGACUUCUGCCUCAAGUACACGCGCAAGACUGAGUUCCGACGGCUUUGCGAGCUGCUCCGAAACCACGUUCAGACUGCCGCCAAGUACUCGUCUCAGAUUCAUGCCAUCAACCUCAGCGAUCCCGACACUUUGCAGCGUCACUUGGAAACUCGUUUUCAGCAGCUUAAUGUCGCCGUCGAGCUUGAGCUGUGGCAGGAGGCAUUCCGUAGUGUCGAGGACAUUCACACCCUGCUCAGCCUGUCCAAGCGGCCGCCCAAGAAUGUCAUGAUGGCCAACUACUACGAGAAACUGACCAGAAUCUUCUUGGUUGGCGAAAACUACCUGUUCCACGCUGCUGCUUGGUCCAGAUACUACUCUCUGCUUCGACAGUCUUCUGUUUUGGUCGCUACUGGCCAGGGCAGGAAGGCCGAUAACCCUCCCGCUUCCGAUGCCGAUCUCCAAAAGGCGGCGUCUUUCGUCCUUUUGUCCGCUUUGGCUAUUCCUGUCAUCAGCACGUCUCGCUCUCGCGGCGCCAUGGUCGACUUUGACGAGGCAAAGAAGAACAAGAACUCGCGUCUUACCCAUCUUCUCGGCAUGACACAGGCUCCCACUCGUAACAGACUCUUCCGUGAUGCUCUGUCUAAAUCUCUCCUUCAGCGUGCCCGUCCUGAGAUUCGGGACCUCUUCAAUAUCUUGGAGGUUGACUUCCACCCGCUCUCGAUUUGCGAAAAGAUCUCCCCCAUCCUUACCAAGAUUGGCGAAGACUCCGAGAUGGAGCGGUACAUUCUGCCACUUCAGCAGGUCAUUCUCACUCGACUUUUCCAACAGCUGUCUCAGGUCUACGAAACGGUUGAUUUGGCAUUUGUUGAGAGCCUUGCUCAGUUCCCCGAGCCUUACCAGGUCACUCGCAGUACCAUUGAGAAGUUCAUCAUGAAUGGCAACAAGAAGGGCGAUCUUGCCAUCCGCAUGGAUCACGCCACCGGCGUCCUCAGUUUUGACAAUGACGUCUUCUCCUCCUCCAAGGCUGGUUCUGCUGCUGGCUCCGCCGAGUCCGAGACCGGCACGGUUCAGCGUCUUCAGAGCACGCCAUCCGAGAUUGUUCGCUCACAACUGACCCGUCUCGCCCGGUCUCUGUACACAACGUGCCACUACAUCGACCCAAGCUUCACCAAGCAGCGUCGAGACGCCAGACGAGCCGCCUUGCAGCGAGCCAAGGCCGGCGCUGAGGAAGAGCGUCUGGAUGUUUUGGCGCGCAAGGAAAUCAUUCAAAGGCGCAAGGAGGAAGCCUCCGAACUACAGGCUCGCCGCGAAAAGGAGAAUGCGCGACAGAAGCGCCUCCGCGAGCAAGCUCUUCAAGAAGCCGAGGACAAGAGGUUGGCUGCCGAGCAAAAGGAGCGCGAGGCCAAGCGUAUGCAGGCAGAGCGUGAUCGAGUCCGCAAGGAAGAGCUUAAGAAGCAGAUUGCGGAUCUCAAGAUGGGCGACAAAGCCAUCGACAUUGAUCUGGACGACCUGGACAAUCUCGACACGAACCGUCUCCGCGCCAUGAAGCUUGCCCAGCUCGAGCGGGAGAAGAAUGACGUGAACGAGAAACUUCGCAUCACCGGCAAGCGAUUCGAUCACCUGGAGCGUGCCUUCCGUAAGGAGGAGGCUAAGAAGCUGAGCGAUGACUACGCCAGGCAGAACGAGCAGGAUCGUGCGAUCUACGAGAUGGUCAAGGCCAACACUCUCAAGGAGGCCGAAGAGAAGCACAAGGAAAGCGUUGAGCUCAAACACCGCCUCACUCGUCUUGUCUCGUUCUACGAAGAAUUCCGGAGCUCUCUGCAUGAGAGACGCCGCGAUGAGUUUGAAAAGCGCCGCAGGGAUGCUGAGCGCGAACUGGAGAAGCAGAUUGCGGCCCGCAAGAAGGAGGUCCGCGACCGCAAGCUGCGCGAAAAGAGAGAGCGCGAAGAGAAGGAGCGCGAACUCCGGGAAGCCGAGGAGCGUGCCGCCCGCGAAAAGGAGGAGCAACGCCAGCGUGACGAGGCAAGAAAAGCUGAGCUCGCCAAGCUCAAGGAACAGCGAGACAAGGAGCGUCAGGAGAUGCUGGAGAAGGCUGCUCUCCAGCAACGUCGCGAGGAAGAAGCCCUGGCUCGUCGCAAGGCGGAGAAGGAGAAGGGAGGACUGCCGGCAAGAACAGAAACGCCGGAGGGGCGGAAACCCCCAGUUAUCGGAGGCGGCAGCUGGCGCGAACGAGAGGCAUCCAAGAAUGCCGAGGCCGCGGCUGCCUCUUCCCGCCCCGGACCUUCUGGACCUCCCAUGGAGCGUACAGACUCAAAUGACCGAACUUCAGGGUCCGGUCCUCCCCGCCUCCAGCUCGCCGGCUCGGGCAGCAAGCCUAGCUGGCGCGAUCGUGAAACUGCCAAGGCCGGCGGUGCCGGUGGCACUCCGAGCGCAUCAGAGACCGUGCCACCUCCUGCAGCUAGAGGGUUUGGAACGUCUCGUGGGGCCGGUGCGUCUAUGGAGCGUGGGGGCUCGAGCCGAGAGGAUGUUGGGCGCACGGGCUCACCGGCUCCUGAGAAGGAGUCCUUGCCCUCUCGCACUGCCGGCAAGUGGGUUCCUCCUCACCUGAGGAAGAAGGCUUAG